GGCGGGGUUGUGGGGUGGGGGGUGGAGGCGGCCGGUCGCUUCUCCCGCGUCCGCCAUUUUGUUGCUGUGGCUAUUGGGAAAAGGGCUGGUCAAGCAACUGCCCCGGAGGCACGUCGCUCUUGAGAGUCCGGCGCUUCGUUGUGUGUAACGGCGUGAGUCCGUCCAAGACUUGUGGGGCUUUUUUUUUUUUUUUUUUUUUGGGGGGCAGAGCCGGUGCGUUCUCUAGGCCCGGGAAUCACCCCCUGGAAGCCAGGCAGCCCCAGAACCCCGGGGGGCGGCCUCCGCGGCCACUCGGCUUCGCCCGCCCAGAUCCUCCCCGACGCUGCCACCCACGUCCUCCACCCCCCGCCCCGGGAUCUUGGCCCUCAUUUCCCCCAGCAGGGCCGGCUGUCUGUGCGAGGCGGCCUCGGAGCGGGCGGAGGAUGCUGCGGGUCCGGAGUCCGGAGGAAGGUGCUGGCCGGGCCGUGUGAGCGAGCGCUUUUCGCCGAGCGCCGAGAGGCCCUCGCUCGGGCUCCAAGAAGCCGUCUCAGUCGGGCUUCAGGCACCCGAGCCUCGCGCCGUCGCCUCGACCCCGCAGGCCGAGAGCCGCGGGGACCCUCCCCGGGACACCAUGUCUUCCGCCCGGUUCGAUUCCUCAGACCGCAACUCCUGGUAUAUGGGGCCGGUGUCUCGCCAGGAGGCGCAGACCCGGCUCCAGGGCCAGCGCCACGGCAUGUUCCUUGUGCGCGAUUCGUCCACCUGCCCCGGGGACUAUGUGCUGUCCGUAUCCGAGAACUCGCGGGUCUCUCACUACAUCAUCAACUCUCUGCCUAACCGCCGUUUUAAGAUCGGGGACCAGGAGUUUGACCACUUGCCGGCGCUUCUGGAAUUCUACAAGAUCCACUACCUGGACACUACCACCCUGAUCGAGCCCGCGCCCAGGUAUCCAAACCCACCAAUGGGAUCUGUCUCCGCUCCUAGCCUGCCUGCAGCAGAAGAGAAUCUGGAGUAUGUACGGACUCUGUAUGAUUUUCCUGGGAAUGACGCUGAAGACCUGCCCUUUAAAAAGGGUGAGAUCCUGGUGAUCAUUGAGAAGCCUGAAGAGCAGUGGUGGAGUGCCCGCAAUAAGGAUGGCCGGGCCGGCAUGAUCCCUGUUCCUUACGUCGAAAAGCUUGUGAGGUCCUCAUCACUCGUGAAGCCUGGAAACAGGAAUUCCAAUAGUUACGGGAUCCCAGAACCUGCUCAUGCAUAUGCUCAACCUCAAACCACAACUCCUCUACCUGCAGUUUCCAGUAGUCCUGGGGCAGCAAUCAACCCCUUGCCAUCUACACAGAAUGGACCUGUCUUUGCGAAAGCAAUCCAGAAAAGAGUGCCCUGUGCUUACGACAAGACAGCCUUGGCAUUAGAGGUUGGCGACAUUGUGAAGGUCACGAGGAUGAAUAUCAACGGCCAGUGGGAAGGCGAGGUGAACGGGCGCAAGGGGCUCUUCCCCUUCACGCACGUCAAAAUCAUUGACCCUCAAAACCCAGACGAAAACGAGUGAUUGCUGCUGCCCUGGUUCCUGCUGCUUCGUUGUGCUGCCUGUUAUAGUCUCCUUUGAAGUGGGAAAGUGUUCUCUCUCAUAGGCAAGUCACGCCGCCUUGCCGACGCCCAGCUCCCUGCAGCCUGGCCGUCGCAUGCACACUGGGAAUGCACACAGCGGCUGCCUCCUAGCAUUUGUAUCAUAGUCGUCUUGUCACAGAGUAGCCGAUUUUAGAGUUCUUUUGGAUCAUAAACUGGAAAUACUGGUGGAAGCACACACGUGGAGAGAAGCUGACAGGCCAGUCUCCCCGUCACUGCCCUGUUUGUACUUGGGGACUGAUUGUGGCGUGCUCGUCCCCGAGAGCUCAAGGCCACAGCAGGAGAGUGCACAUCGCUGUUCCAUGGAGGGGUGGCGCAGAUGCCUCCCUGGUUUUCUUUAGGCAACAAAGGAUGUGAACUCUAAAAGAGGAGAGAAUUCUGUCCUAACCCCCUCCCCCAGCCCUGGCUUGGCUUUUCUUUUCUUGUUUGUUCUCUUGUUUGAUUUUGGAAGACUUAAUUAAUUAGCCUUGUGUGUUCUGAACAGAUUGUUAGGUAGCAGUUUGGAUUCUUGUGGUAGCCCAAGGAAGAACGUGUCCCUGUGCGCUCCCACCCUGAAGCUGCUGUAACCAAGGGCCAUGGGUGGAGCACUGCUGGAGUAGAGACCCCGGGCCUUGGGUCCCUGUAGCAAACAGCAUGGACACGUCAGGCGACAUGACGUGCCAGGCUGUACCCAGCCUCUUGUCCCCAAAGGCAUCAGCGCACAGCUGCUUUAGGAAACGUCUGCUCACCUUGUCUGUUGGUGACAGAAAUGGGGGUGCGAGACACUCGGCCAGUUUCCUCUCCACCCUUUCAGCGAAUGCACCCACUGAAGGUUAAGACUUAGGUUUCUUUACAAAGUGAGUUACUCCUGGAAUCAUUGGACCCCUGAACAAGUCAUUCAGUCAAAUCACUAAAUUCUCCCUGAAGCCCUAUCCACCCUGCCCAAGCCCAGCCUCACCAGGCUGUCAGAGAGGCGGUGCUGUUAAUCCUGACCUGCAGUCUUGGGGUCUGGGGUAUCCCAGGCAAAGAAAACGCAAGCCCUGGAAGUCGAUUGAUGCAGUUGCCAUCGAGUGUUUCUGGUGAGAGCCGUUCACUGUUCAUUGGUUUGUUGACAGAGCGUUACCCUGCGAGCUGCGGCUGGUUCCUAGCAGCCAGUGCUGCAGCCUCUGCGGCCCAGGCCAGGCCUCUGAAGUCCAGCGGGCAGUUGUCUGUCCUCCCCGCUGAAUUCCAGUGGAGAGGGGCCUCCACCUGGAGCAGACAAGUGACAGCACCAGGAGGUGAGCUCCGUGAGCCUCGGGACAGAAUCUCAGAGCCAACUGUAGGUUUAAAUCAGUAGUGCGCCAGGCAGAAAGCUACCGUAUAGAAACACCUCAAAAUUGUCCUGUGACAAAAUUGAUCAUUUGGGGACAAAAAAAUUGUCACUGCUCGCCACUUUGAGUUUCCUAGAAGAGGCUCAGUGACGAGCUCUUCCUGUCCCGGGACGUGUCUUGGCUGCCUCCCGCCCUGAAGUCGGCCAUUGCAGGUGGCCUUGUGGGGUUUGUCAGCCUAGCCUGUAUCGUAUGACAGUGUCCAGAAACAGACUUGGCCUGCAGACCACUCACCUAGCCCGCACCGGAGCCCAGUGUCCAGCAGAAGGUGGAGCAUGUGCCUUGACGGACGGCCUCUGGAGACCAGAUCGAGCUACAAGGACUUUGACGGAGCACAAGGAAAGGGAGGGUUCCCAUGGCCACACCUGCUGGCCACUCAUGCAACUCCCCUCCCGCGGGGUACUUGGAAGAUCGCUGCACCCCAGCACCCCCGGGUUUAGGAUUGGUGAAUUUUCUCACAGCUUCAGCUCACGGAAGUGUCUUCAGAACUCAGAGCAAGGUGUGCCUCCAGCUCUGAACUCAAGAUACGUGCCAAAAGUCAUCACUUUUUUAACUUGAAACCUUCACGAUUUUUUUCCUUGGCAAAAAAGUUUGUCUUUCUCCUGCCAAGUCUGUGGCGUAGCACCUGCCCUGACUGUGCCUGGGCUCCCGGUGACCUGGGGAUGUGUCCUGAGCUCCUCACGCCCAACCCAGGGGGUUAGUCUCCUCAUAGCAUGACUCUGGCCUGCGGCUUGCUCCCGGCCUUCUUGGUGCCCAAGGAGAGGUGGAUGCUAGGCUGACGCCCUGGGGCUUUUCUCCUGGGAGAGAGUCAGAAGAUUGUGACAGUUCCGCUGGAGCCGUUUGUCCUGGGGAAGACUCCAGCACUGGCACUGGGGUGUCCCUCCCAUGGCGCAUGGUGACACGGAUGUGGUGAACAGCUACCUUUGGACGACUUGUGCCACCAGACCCAUCAGCCCCUGGCAUCGCACCAGCUUCCUUUAGAGCUAUUUACAGACAAGCGAGCCUGAGACCAAGAACAGCCACCAUUCUUGGGUUGUUUGCCCAGAGGUUAGGAUCGUGUGAUUUUGGAAAAGGGAUGAUGCGUGUUUGUGCCAGACCUUUAUAAUUUAAUCCUUUAAUAUUCUGUCCAUUAACCUCUUAAAAACAAGUGACUUCUUGAUUGUCUUAACACAGUCCCUAAGACUAAUGCUGUCUGUGGACACCACUGAGCUCUGCCUGCCUCAGGCUCAGCGCCCCAGGACCCAAGAACCGUGUCCCCGCGCCUGCUGCUGCCAGGGCACACUGGGCGAGCAGGAGCAGAACAGUUCUCUGCGACGGACAGGACUGUUGUCCCUGCG